AUGGUAUCCGCUCAACCCGUUCCGAUUGAAUUUGUGGUUCAGGAAAGGGAUGUUAUCUUUUGUAUUCUAGAAUUCCUGGAAAACAGAAAACUCCAUAUUAGUCAAGUAAGUUCUCUUCGAUUUACAGUGUCUUUGGCCUUUAGGAAAUUAAAAGAUAUGUGUUUUAAACAACCGGAAGCAUAUUUUAGGUCUCUUUGGAACGAGAAACAGGUCUCAUAAAUGGAGAUUUCUCCGAAGACGUCCUCUUCCUUCGACAGUUGAUUAUCGAUGGCCAAUGGGACAAUGCUUUGGACUUUGUGGAGCCUCUGAAGGACUCUCCCAACUUCGAUCAACGAGCUUUCACAUACCUCAUCAUCAAGUAUAAGUUCUUUGAGCUUCUUUGUAUAAAACAGGAGCCCGGCCCAAUGCAGGAAAACGAUUUUGCAGUCGAAGUAAGCCAUUAAAGAAUUUUUAAUUUACGUAAUUAUUACGUUUACAGGAACUAGUAGAAUGUCUGAAACAACUAGAACACAUAUGUCCGACUCCAGAGGACUACCGUCAUCUCUGUGCCUUACUCACAUUGCCCAAGCUCUCGGACCAUGCUGAUUUUAAAUCAUGGAAUCCGAGUGCCGCCCGAGUAGAAUGUUUUCACAAAGUAAGUUACCACUAUUUAUAAUUUGAAAGUAUUUCUUGCUUUCUCGUGUAUGUAUGUACUCACUCAAUAUUUCCAGGUAUAUCCCAUAAUCGGCGAUCUUUUAAAUAAAAUUUCUCUGAAGAAAGAUCAACAACAGAAAGGGCAUGCCAUAAACGACCGAUUGCUUCAACUCACAUCGAAAGGGAUCUUCUACGAAGCUUGCGUCGAUUACUGCCAAUCACAAGCCUUGGGCAACAAAAAGGCAAUAGAAGCAGGCCCUCAGUUCCCGUCUAUGUUGACCAUCAAACCCAGGUUGGCAUCCUCAGACCUGUCAUUGGUAUCGUGGCUGGAAGUGCUGGGAAACGAACAGUUUACGUUACCAUUCCAACAAAGAGCUCUGGACUUCAAGUUUGACACCAUGAAGUGAGAACAUUGGUAUAAAAUUCGUUUAUAAUAUUAUUCUUCGUUUUGAUGUCACGAUCUUUAGAAAGCCCAAACUGGAAGCCCAAUGGACUGAGCAAAUCCUGGCCACUCCCAUCAAGCCCGGAGGCCAAUUUCCCCAUUCUCUUGUCCCAAAUAAUCGCUUUAAAUUCGCUGAGAAGAUGUCCCAGUCAAUGAUUCUCCCGGCCAUGUCAAUGUCCUCCAUUGUUGAUCAUAAUCUCCCUGCCAAUUCGAUCAAGAAACGGUUAAAUCCUAUGAGCCAGAGUACGACUGCGGACAUUGGAUUCAGUAUAAAAAGGGAGCCGGCGUCCGACAAUCUAAUGCAGCAAAGCCAGGUCAUAUCGAAUAUGAUGGAGAAUUCGGAGAUGACCAAACAAUCCAGGCCCACCAAUCUCUUCAACACCUCAGUUACCGAGCACUUAACAGCGGAGUUGACCCAAUCCAGAAGGGAGUUGGAUGUUAUUCAACGAAAUCUCCAGAUCUCUCAGAAUCUUCCACCGCCACGAACAAUGGCCCAAUCGACAUUACCUACAGUACCCGAGAUGGCCACCCCUACUGGGGGAAUCAGUCCGUCGAGUUCAUUUGACAACAGGAACAGUGACAUUAUGAGUAGUUCGAGGCUGUUUCAAGAGUUCAGUUCGAGGAGACAGAGUGGGAUUCCAGGUAAAAAUUUGUAGAAUAAUAUGGUUAUGGAACUUAUGUUCUUAGCUUGCGAUAAUUCAUGUAACAAAUUCCAGUAUCCUCCCGCGCAUCCUCCACUGGCAUCCCUCCAUCUGCUUCCAUGCCCCCUUCGAUGAUCCCGCCCCCCAUCCUUGACCAUCCCCGGUCUCGGCCGCAGAGUCAAGUGUAUCCCCCGUAUUACGAGAUGCCCACAUAUCCUCAAAGACCUCAGAAUUUCAUGCCUCCACAGAACUUCCAACCUCCGCCACCUCAGAAUACAUCGAGAAAACCGUCGGAUAUGGGGAUGAGCAUUCACUUUGUACCGGUCUGUAAAUACGAAGACAGCCAGGCCAUCAGAGCAGUGGCCUUUCAUCCAAGUGGAAGGUUUUUUGUGGUCGGAACCAACUCCAAACAGAUGCUAAUUUGCAAAUAUCCAACGACUAAGAAUUUGGAGUGAGUUGCUGACUUAUGUGCCUGUUGUUAUCUAAUAUUUUUUAUUGUAAUUUAAAGAUUUAUGUUUGAUAGACAUCAAAAAUGAUGACUAUUGAUUGCAAAAUCUUUUUAGUUGGUCCAGAGUUCCAUUUGCCCCUGAAAUUGGACUUCAAAGGCCAAAACAACAUAGAGGUAAGCAACUAAACUGGUUUUAAAAAAAGAUUUGAUGAGAAUUAAAGAUGGGUACCAUAAUGUAUACAACAAACUUAAAUAAAAAAUAUUUUGUUUGUAAAUUAUGAACCGCUUUUAGGCAGUGUUUAUUGUUGUGGAUUUAAUGCCGCUGGUGAUCUAUUGGGAACAGGAUCCAAUGACAAAACCCUUAGAUUAAUGUCAUUCAAUGCCGACGAAUGUAAAAUCGGUGCAGAAAUGGAGUUAAACAUGCAUGAUGGGACUGUCAGGGAUCUAAUCUUCAUGGAUGAGGGCUCCAAAAGGAUACUGGUAUCUGGAGGAGCGGGCAAUUGCAAUAUCUGUCUGACCGAUUGCGAGACUGGAAGGACGUUCAAGAAUCUGGGAGGACAUACAGCGCCUAUAUUAGGAUUGUAUUCCUGGACAAAUGGGACUUCUUUUACCAGUUGUUCGCAAGAUAAAACCAUCAGAUUCUGGGAUCUGAGGGCUUCUUCUGCCACAAAUGUUAUUCAUCCGGGUCAAACUUUUUCCAGUAAGUACUACGGUAAUAUUACAGUAUCCAAUAAGAUAUCCCACUAUCGAAAAUGAAUUUACCAGUAUAUAAUGACUUGCAGACUCCCCCGUGACCAGUGUAUGUGUAGAUCCAAGUGGAAAACUUUUAGUUUCUGGUCACGAAGAUGCUUCCAUCAUGCUAUUCGACAUCACAGGAGGUCGAGUAAUCCAAACAUUCAGACCUCAUGGGGAUGAAGUCAGAACAGUCAGAUUCAGUAAUGCCGCUUACUAUCUACUCUCUGGAUCCUACGACAAACGAGUGGUGAUCACGGAUAUGAGAGGAGAUCUGACCAGCCCUUUGACGUAUCUUCCAGUGGCUGAACAUAAUGACAAAAUUAUUCAAUGUAGAUGGCAUCCGCAAGAGUUCACCUUCCUCAGCACUAGUGCUGAUCGCACUGUCGCAUUGUGGACUCUUCCACAGCAUUAA